UUACUGAAGGGGAACAUGGAGAAGAGCGAUCUGGCAGGCAGCAGUGUGCCUUCCGCCUUGCUGUGUGUUCACAUGCUGAUACUGAGCAUCUCUAUACAGUAGUGUUCGAAGAGAUCUGCGGGCGUUUUGGAAAGACCUAUACCUGGGAUGUGAAAUCCUUGGUCAUGGGUAAAAAAGCACUAGAAGGGGCGCAGAUUAUUUGCGACGUUCUAGAUCUUCCAAUAACCAAAGAAGAGUUACUGCAAGAAAGUAAAAUGAAGCAGGAGAAGAUAUUCCAUACUGCUGAAUUGAUGCCAGGUAUAGAAGUGAUGGAACAUAUUAACCAAGGAAACAUGAAGUUUUAUGCUGUUCCUGCCUUUCAGAAGUGA